AUGGGUGCAUAUGGUGGGAUCACAGCAUCGGGAUUCUCCUACACUCCUGACAAGUUCAUCAAGGCUGGAGUCGGUUACCUGCAUGCACCAUGGAAGGACAUGGCAUGUCCGCCUUUCCCAACCAUGCUCUCCAUCGUGCAGAGCAUCUCCCUCGCCAUUGGCCGCCGCCACAAGGUGGCUGUUCACUGCCAUGCUGGCCUAGGAAGGACAGGCCUUGUCGUUGCAUGUUACUUGGUUGCAGCAAACUCCCUAGCAGCUGCUGAUGCUGUGGCUGUUGUGAGAGCAAUGAGGCCUGGAUCACUACAAACCAGGAAGCAGGAAGUCUACGUGGCUGAGUUCCAGGCAUUUGUACGUGGAGAUGCCGCCACUGGGUUGCAAGAACAAGCCCCAUUGUUGGCCGGGCAAUACUCCCCUGAG